AUGGCUUCUCGCGACUUUUCUUUCAGCACAGACUUUGGACACAUCGUCAACGGAAUAAAAGUCUACUCUCGAGACACACAAGGCGUAGUGAACCCAGCUAAUGAGGAAAUUCUAGCCUCGGUCCCAAUCGCUACCCGGAGCCAGCUGAACGACGCCGUGAAGGCCGCAUCACUCGCAUUUCCUGCUUGGGCUGCGCUGAACAUCGGAGAGCGGCAAAACCUGGUCACUCAACUGGGUGACUUAAUCAAGGACAAUUGUGACGACUUCACCGAACUUCUUAUCAAGGAAGUUGGAAAGUCCCGAACUUUGGCGGCCAUCGAAGUUGGAAGUUGCGUGGAGUGGUUUCAUGGGGUGGCGACUCAAUCUCUCCCACCUGAGACCAUCUUGGACACACCCCAGCGGACUGUGACGAUUCGAUACGUCCCAUAUGGCGUGUGUGCUGCGAUAACCCCUUGGAACUUUCCACUCUCUCUGCUAAAUUGGAAACUUGCACCUGCUCUCGUUACCGGAAACUGCGUCAUUGUUAAACCUUCUCCUUUCGCACCGCUUUCAGCCAUGAAAUUCGUUGAGUUAGCGCAAAGAAUCCUUCCACCUGGGGUUCUCUCGGUGCUAUCCGGUGAUGACAGUCUGGGGCCUUGGAUUGCAGAACAUCCUGAUAUUGCUCGAAUCUCUUUGACGGGCUCAAUUCCUGCCGGCCAAUCUGUGAUGCGCACAGCAGCUGCUUCUCUGAAGAGCCUCACACUGGAACUUGGUGGUAAUGAUCCUGCGGUGGUACUGAAGGAUGUGGACCCCAAAGAGAUUGCACCAAUGCUCUUUUGGGGAACAUUUUUUAACUCUGGACAGAUCUGUGUUGCGCUGAAACGGAUUUACAUCCAUGAGGACAUUUAUGACGCCGUAAGAGACGCGCUGGUCGAGUAUACGAAGACCGUCAGGAUUGGAGAUUGUCUCGAUCCGGAAGUAGGGAUGGGCCCAGUGCAAAACAAAGAGCAAUAUCGGAGACUAAGCUCUUUGAUUGAGGAGUGCCAUGCCCAAGGAUACAAGUUCGCGUGCGGCGGGAACUUGUUGCCUUCCGAGAGAAAAGGCUUUUUCUUGCCGGUCAGCAUUGUCGAUAAUCCACCCGAACAUUCAAGGAUUGUUCAAGAAGAGCAAUUUGGGCCCAUUAUCCCUCUGUUGAAGUGGCGCGACGAAGACGAUGUCAUCAGACGAAUGAAUCACGGGGUUUAUGGCCUAGCUGCAUCUGUAUGGAGCAAGAAUAUAGAGCAUGCUCAGAGAAUUGCGGAGCGACUUGAGGCUGGAACAGUCUGGAUCAAUGAAUCUCAGCAAUUCCAUUGGAACCAGCCCUUUGGAGGAUUCAAGCAAUCCGGGAUCGGCGUCGAACAUUCAAGACACGGUCUCGUAGCUUGGACAAACAUCAAAAGCACCACGGUAAAUAGACUGGGCGCUUGAGAUAAUGCUUCGAGUAAAUUAGCAAGAAUUGGCAACGAUGUACAGGGC